GUGUUGUGUGCGUGCGUGGGUGUGCGUGUGCGCGUGUGUAGAAUUACAGGCCCCAAUGUGUGAAGUAUUUGGCGACUAGACUCUCUUGUUUUGGUGCAGGGAGUUGUACCACAAUAUUGAACGUCCUUCGUGGCAUGUUGUACCAUGGGUUGCAAAAGCUGAACUUUCCUCAGCCGUGCCAGUCAUGUGUAGCAGUUAGCUUCGCAAAGAAGUGAUGAUGUGAAUCUUGCUCUGGGCGCCGCUGCAUGCACAAACCUCACAUGCACAUACACGUUCUAUAGUAGAGCCGGGGCCCUGUGAGGUACAAAGGUCCCCCAAAUAACACAACUAAUAUAUAUAAGGAACAAGUUUCAACAACCACAUGAAACUGGCUCUUAUUAGGAAACCCCAGGGGAAAAUGGGCACAUUGCAAACACUGAUCUGGUUAUUCCAGUGUACCAGGCCGAUACGCCGAUGCAGCCAGAACAUGUCGUACUGCCAGAGUAGAAUUUUGUAUUCAAGCAAAAAAAAGGAUAGCAUGUGAAGAGCACUUUUUUAGGUGCAGCAGUAAACAAUUGAACUUUGCAAAAUGUGUAGGAAUGGAAAUCUUCAGUGUUUCCGCUUUGUUGUUGUAUUCAGGCACUGCCGUCGUACAAAGCACAGUCUUUCUCUGGCCCGUCCACUUCCCGGAAAGCGUGCAUGCAAAAUAAUAUUAUUAUUGUUAUACGCUUCACUGCACUGCAUGCCCAGAUAAGAAAGAGAGCGCAUGCCAAAUAUAGCAGAAGCAUUCAAAUGACUCCAACCAGGGACAUCUUCAUAAUGGCAGGAAUAAUACAGUCGACCUAUCCUUAUAACGAUAUUUGCGUCAGACCAAGAAAGAUUGUUAUAAGGGUAAUAUUGUUAUAGGGGUAACUGGAUCAUUUCAUACACAUACGUCAUAAUGCAUGGCUUUGGUUCAUUUUUUACACUCUUCAUAGCAUAAAAAACUGACAUACAUCAUUUUACAUGCACAUUAUGUACAUAGCAAGGUGCCCACUGGUGCCCCCAUUGCAUUUCGUCAUGUCCCAGCGACUUAUCAAGUGAAGCUUGCCCUACCUGGAUAGUGGACUCUACAUAUUCCCUGCUAGAUAUUGUUAUAAAAUGGAAAAUGUCGAUUGGUCAGCCCAUUUUAUAUUGUUAUAGGGGUAAUAUCGUUAUAGCAAUAUUGUUAUAGAGGUAAGGCAUUGUAUACACAAGUCAGUGGAGUGAUUUGGUUUGGCAGAAAAAUAUCGUUAUAAGGGUAAUAUCAGGGAGUCGUAAAAUACCGGGAGGCGACACGCCACACAUUUCACCAUCCGAGGAUUGCCGCACUCGACCCGCGAAAUUUGAAGCGUGAUUGAAACGUCGUCGUCAUCUUCUUGUUCUCAAUUGUUUUUGCUAUAUGCUUCGAGGCUAUUCUGGAUCUCCAGAGCGAAAGCUGGUUGUUUCUGAUACGUACCACGCAUUACCUUAGGUUGAGCCGUGGCUUUUAAUUUUUUUUUGGAAGUUCACUGCUUUGGAGACGACGGAAUGUCAAGGAAACGUAAGGCCGAGUCGCCUCACCGACUGAGCAAAGUUCUCUGCGACGAAAGUCACACUAUCGGCGAAUGCACUCAAGAGCUUCCGAGCCACGCAGAGUCACCUGACCAACUGAAGAAGGUUCUGUGCGACGAAAGUCACACUAUCGGCGAAUGCACUCAAGAGCUUCCGAGCCACGCCGAGUCACCUGACCAACUGAAGAAGGUUCUGUGCGACGAAAGUCACACUAUCGGCGAAUGCACUCAAGAGCUUCCGAGCCACGCCGGGCCACCUGACCAACUGAAGAAGGUUUUGUGCGACGAAAGUCACACUAUCGACGAAUGCACUCAAGAGCUUCCGACCCAGACUAAGUCACAUGACCGACUGAGCAAAGUUCUGUGCAACGAAAGUCACACUAUCGGCGAAUGCACUCAAGAGCUUACAACCCACGAGGAGAGAGCGGAGAAAUGCUCGGCCCCUGGCAAUGACUCGAACGCAACAACUGGGGCACCACUGUCUUGGCGUGGUUCAGUACCACCCUCAGUCCGCGAAAUCCUGGUCUACGCGGUCCUGGUCUACAGUGAUAGUCAGGAACCGUAUAGAGCUCGGCUUCCGUCCAGCAAGCUCUACUCCUCUGCUGUGAUGGUCGCCAACCAGUUCCUCCAGUCGAGGGAACAAAUUAGUGCCAUUCAGCUAUCGAAUUAUUUCAACCGAAUCAAGAAGCCUGGGAACUACGGAAAAUAUCUUGGACGCCUGCGGACAACACGCUUCCGCACCAUCAUAUCGUCCGUCGUGGAAUCGUGCAACACGCAGUUUCGGAAGGCAGACAGCAAGUCUCUAGAUGGCGGCGAGGUGUUGGAGGUGAGGAAAGUCGUUGAGGGUGCUAUCAGCCAGUGGGCCUCACCACCCACACCCCCCACACCCUCCACAUCACCUACACCUGCUGCCAUGGACUUCAAUGGCAUUGCGGCGCGCAUCAACAGCAUGGCACGCUGGAAGGCAAUUGAAGACGAUGACCUAAAGGCACACUAUUUUAGCCCAAGGCCUGGCUGUCCCCAGCUAACUGUACUGGUGAAGAGAGACUUCACAUUCCAAUUGUUGAUGCAAAGUAAGAUCGUUGACAUGACCAGAAUAUGUAAGCCUCCGGAAAAGCUUCUCACCUGUGAAGAUAUAGAGACCGUCGUGUUAGCCAUCGAGAGAGCCGAUAAUUGCCAGGGCUGCAGAUACGACAAAUACAAAGAUUGGAUUGAAAACCGGCUCGAUGGUGGAACGUUCAAGAAUUCGUCUGGUGCGGUAGUUGGAAAACUCGAAACAUGUGAACCAACACCAUGCAUACGAACAGUAGCAUGUCCUAUACUCGUACCUGCUGGUACUAGUUCCGUUUGCGCUGCUUGUAAAGCUUUGGAUGGUACCCUGAGAAGAGGCUUGUCCAGAUUUAAAACCCGAGGCACUGAAACAAGCCCACAUACCGCCUUCAUCCAUCUACCCCAAGCCAAGCUUGUUGACAUGCUACGUGAGAGGCGGGACAAGACUAGCCUCGUGACCAGACGAUUGGAGCGCCUUGUUGCCUCCAGAGAGAGAAUGGAGACUACAAAGCACAAUGAGGAGUAUGCAUCCAUAUUUCGCCAACUAGAACCAGCCAUGAAUGCAGUGCGUGAGCGUGUUGAGAACCCAACUUGCAAGUGGGCAACUUGCAGAGAAACCUUUUCAACUAUAGAUGACCUGCAAGUUCAUAUCCAUUUCACUCACCUGAAUAUCGAGGAGACCUCAACACAACGUCAGCCCCUCUACAAAUGCCGCUGGGAAUCCUGCAAACACACCGAAUUCAAAAACAGGCAGGAAUUCAAGUCUCACAUCACAAGGCACACUGGACGACAGGAGGAUUCGUUCUUUGCCAUUCUUCUAGCUGACCAGGCAAAAGCAUUAUCAACAUCGCCCGAGCAGAUGCGUUGGCAUCCAGCUGUACUACGGUGGUGCCUUCAGCAACAUUCCCGGUCGCAAAGAACUUAUGAAGUGCUGAGGAACAGCGGGUUUCUGCGUCUGCCAAGUGGGCGAACACUAUCGCGUUAUUGCAAUUACACACAGCCAGAAACAGGCUGGAAGCCAGCAAAGAUGGCAGAAAUGCGUCAACUAUAUGAGAAAUUUAUCGAAAGUAAACGUGGCAAGGGUGAUCGAAGUUUCAUCGGCGGCCUCUACUUCGACGAAAUAAAAAUCAAGGAGGGACUCGUCUGGGACUGUGGCACUAAUGAUCUAAUCGGCUUUGUGGACAGCGAGGAACCAGUUGUUGACAGCAAUGAUAAACUGGUCGCAACACAUAUUAUGCAGUUCCACUUCAAGUCCCUUUUCUCUAAUUUUAAUUUCCCCUGUGCAUACUUCAAUACGAACUCACCCACCUCCAGUUCCAUAAACGACAUGUUCUGGACUGGCGUGGAGCAGCUCCACAGUUAUGGAUUCCGGGUACAAGUGUGUUGCUGCGACGGUGCGGCCAGCAAUAGAAAGUUCAUGAUGGACAACCAGGCACUUAAUAGUGAAAACCCUGGCUCCACCCUCAACCCGUACGGAAACUGGCCACUCUUUUUCCUGUCAGACCCGACCCACCUCAUUAAAAAGAUGAGGAACAAUUUCUCAAAGAGCGGAUACGAGUCAUGGUGCACACGCCUCCUAACCAUUAACAACAAGCCUAUACUGUGGAGCCACAUUAAGCAGGUACUCAAGCGGGAUCAGGGGAGAAUGGUCCAAUGCACACCCUUGAGGGAGCAACAUGUUCAACUGACGUCCUUUUCUAGGAUGAGUAGCCGGCUGGCGUACGACGUAUUUAACAAAAGAGUGGAAGAGGACAUGCAGGACAACCAGCAACAAGACACAAUCUCUACCAGGGAGUUCAUGCGUAAUGUUAGGGCACUGGGUGAUGUGUUUUCGUCCCAUGAGAAGGUUUCGAACCCACGGGACAGUAUUCCCCGCGCACUGUCGGCGACAAUGCAGUGGUUUGACCAAUGGCAUACACAAACGGAAAAGGUGCCAAAAGCAUUCAUCUCACACCAGGUCUACACGGAUAUGAAAAUAACGGCUGGUGGAUUUGCAGGACUGGUACAGUUCAGAACAUGUGACCCCAGAGUGAAACACCUUAACUUGUACAUACUUCCCCAUCGAUUGACACAAGACUUUGUUGAAAACUACUUCAGCCUACAGCGUAGCACAGGCGGUGCAAACCAGAAUAUGACAGCCAGGGCAUACGGCUAUCAAGCUAAUGCUAUUGCUCAAACCCAUGUCAUACCCAGCAACCUCGGGCGAGCUGCUCUUGAUCUGCCCUUGACUAUGAGGAAUACCAGCAACGCCCCAAGUGCGAGCAAAUAGUGCACCAACCAUCGUUUCAUAUCAAAUCGCAGGCGGCCAU